CUGAGGGUGAACUAGUCCCUACAGCUGGACACUGUACUAGCUUUGUCACUACCAACAGCAAAAAAGCUCCACACUGUUGACAGGCUGGCGUUUAAUCUCCACGAAAAACAAGCAGGCAGACGUGAGGACGUCUUACUUUAUUAGUUUCCAGUUUAAGUAAUGAAAGAUAAACACGUCCUCCCUUCAUGCUUACUUUCAACAAAAAAGAAGUUAUGGAUAUUUGCGACGGGAAGAAGAGGAGACAGGUAAGCGGCGGUGUGCGGGGCUGCAGGCGGAGGGUGGCCGUGAAGAUGAAGCGGGAGUUGGGGAAAGUCCUCCGCUCCUUACGGGUAGAGAACAACAACCGCACGGAGCCCAUGGAGGAAGAAGAAGACGGCGACGACUGUUUCUCCAUUAGCUUAAUGCGGAAUGAUAGUCUGGAGCCCGCCGUGGCGGUGUCUCCACGGUACAGCUUGCUCCGGGAGGUCGGCCGGGGAAGCUACGGGGUGGUGUAUGAGGCGAUAGCCAGGAAAACAGGGGCCAGGGUGGCGGUGAAGAGGCUCCAAUGCGACGCCCCGGAAAAUGUAGAACUUGCUCUAGCAGAGUUCUGGGCUCUGACGAGCCUGGAGAACCGGCACCAGAAUGUGGUGCAGCUGGAGGAGUGUGUCCUGCAGAGGAAGGGCCUGGCCCAGAAGAUGAGCCAUGGGAACAAGCGGUCCAAACAGUACUUGCGUCUGGUGGAGACGUCACUCAAAG